GCUUCUCCUGCCCAGGCAGAGGUGCGUCUCCUCCUGUCAUCACUGGACACUCUUGGUUCUGCGCACUCACACUCAGCUCUGGGAGCCUUUUACGCACGCGUGCUUUUCCGUCACAGCUGAAGACAAAGUUUGGAAUUACGACAGUUUUUACAAGUGAGUGUGAGUUCAGUGACUGCAUGAAAUAGCUGUGGACAUUUGGUAGCUCUUUGAGAGGCCGGGUGUCUUUUACUAUGACCGCUGAGGCGCACUCACAUCUGGGACUGCAGAAAACUCCCAUGGAUUUCGUCAGCGACUUCGACUUGAUGAAGUUCGGCGUCAAAAAGGAGGCGAUGCAGGGGCUGGAGCGCUCCUUCAUCGGGCCGUGCAGUCAGCUCCAGAGACCAGACUCGGUCUCCUCCACCCCUGGAAGCACACCUUGUAACUCGGUGCCCUCAUCUCCAAACCUCAACCUGAAUGAGCAGAGAAAUAACCCCGGAGGAGACCAGUUCUGGAUGCCCAGCAGCGCGGGUUACCCCCAGCAGAUGUACCCCCAAGCCUUUGGCCUGACACCCGAGGACGCAGUGGAGGCCCUGAUCGGUGCCACGGCGCAGCAGGGCCACCCGUCCGCGCCCCACCACCAGCCGCCUUUCCAGCCUGAGUACGACGGCUACGGCCACCUGGGUGAGCCCGUCCAGCACUACGGAGGACUCCCGGGUCAUCCGGACAUGCAGACCAUCCCCGGCGGCCACUGUCCGGAGCCCUAUCUGAAAGACGACCUGAGGAGCGCGUCCCCCCAGUCCCCGGAGGCCCAGCAGGUCAUCGGUGCGCACCACCACCUCCAGCAGCCGCACAGCCGCCACGAAAGGCGCUCCAACUCAGACAUGCACUUCUCCGACGACCAGCUGGUGUCCAUGUCCGUGCGGGAGCUCAACCGGCUGCUCAGAGGCCUCGGCAAAGACGAAGUGAUGCGGCUGAAGCAGAAGCGCCGAACCCUGAAGAACAGGGGUUACGCGCAGUCGUGCCGCUACAAGCGCGUGCAGCAGAAACACAUUCUGGAGCAUGAAAAGACCAGCCUGGUGUCACAGGUGGAGCAGCUCAAACACGAACUCAACAGACUGGUCCGGGAGAGGGAUGCAUACAAACAGAAGUGUGAGAAACUGUCCGGUGCGAACUGUUACCACGAGACCGGCUCCACCAGUGACAACCCCUCCUCACCCGAGUAUUUAAUAUGAGCUGUGUUCAUUUCCUGCAAAAAAUAUUCUUUUUUUUUUCUUCAUAGGGAUGCAUUCAUGUUGAAAACACUGGCCUUGCGCUUCUUUCACAACAGUCCCUUGGAUUCAUCCAGAGUUGAUCGGAUGUCUGUCAGAUAAUUGUACACAGUGGAAAUGCCAGUGGACAUGCAUGCAGGACAUGUGUGAGAUGGUUUUAUUUUAUACAGGCACAGCCCAUCUGUAUUUAGCCUGAAAUAAUACUUGAAAUCAGAGAAUAUUCCCUUUAUUUGCUGCCUCUUAGUUUUGACUCCUGAUGCUUCGGUUACUGCUCAGUCUUCAUAUCAGUGCUUCUGCUUUGCUCCUGUUUGACUUUGUAUUCCUGUUUUGUUUUGUUUUUUUUGUUUGUUUGUUUUUUAAAAAACAGAAAACACUGAAAGAACGAGAGUAGAAACUGCAUUUUUAUUUUUUAUGAAGUUGAUUCUGCUGGACAGAUGUGUUCCUUAUUUGCUUUUCUUUUUAAUAUAAUAUUCAAUUAUGCAGAGUGUUUUUCAUUGACAAUGUUUAUAAUUUUCUUUGGGAUCAAUAAACCUGUUGUGACUUUUUAAGAA